GUCAUCAGUGUUGUAUUAUUAUUUAUACUGUGUAUAUGUUUCAGAAUUUUAGGCCAUUGUUGAAGUAAACAGAUAAAGAACUCUGCUAGCUUUGAAGACAUGGCUGGUUCACUUACCGUCGACGCAGAAACACAGAUGGCAGCAGUUUCAAGCACCAAACGCCGAAGUGGGGGUUGGAUCACCUUUCCGUUUAUGAUUGCUACGCUGUUAGGCCUGACGAUAGCUGCGUGGGGUUGGUUACUUAACUUGAUCGUUUACCUGAUUGAGGAAUUCAACGUGAAGAGCAUCGCAGCGGCUCAGAUUGCUAACAUUGUUAGUGGUUGUAUAUGUAUGGUUCCAGCCGUUGCAGCCAUUGCAUCUGACUCUUUCUUUGGAACCAUUCCUGUUAUCUCAGUUUCAGCUUUCUUUUCUCUUAUGGGUGUAGCUCUGCUGACUCUAACAGCUUCGCUUGACUCUUUAAGACCCAAACCAUGUGAAACAGGUUCUAGCCUAUGCCAAUCUCCUUCGAACAUCCAGCUAGGCGUCCUUUACACGGCCAUUACGCUAGCCUCCAUAGGAACAGGUGGCUCACGGUUCACAAUAGCAACUGCUGGAGCAAACCAGUACGAAAAAACUAAAGACCAAGGAAGCUUUUUCAACUGGUUUUUCUUCACAACAUAUCUAGCCGGAGCUAUAAGUGCAACCGCCAUUGUCUACACCGAAGACAAUAUCAGCUGGACCUUUGGGUUUGGUCUAUCCGUAGCUGCUAAUCUCUUCAGUUUUUUGGUUUUCAUCUCGGGGAAAAGAUUCUACAAGCACGACAAGCCUUUGGGAAGUCCCUUCACAAGUCUAUUAUGUGUAAUUAUCGCUGCGGUACGCAAAAGAAAAGCCGUGGUGUCCACCAGCGAAAAAGACUAUCACAAUGAAUCAAUCACAAUGCCCACAAGGAGUUUCAGGUUCUUUAACCGUGCAGCUUUGAAACAGGAAGACGAGGUUAAACCAGAUGGCACAAUUCGCAACCCAUGGAGAUUAUGCAGUGUUCAACAAGUAGAAGAUUUCAAAGCAGUCAUAAGAAUCAUCCCUCUUGCGUUAGCUACAAUAUUCUUGAGCACUCCAAUCGCAAUGCAGUUAAGCUUAACAGUUCUGCAAGGUCUGGUCAUGGACCGGAGGCUUGGCCCUAACUUUAAAAUCCCUGCAGGCUCUCUCCAAGUCGUAACACUUCUCUCCACUUGCCUGUUUAUCAUACUCAACGAUCGGUUUCUCUACCCAUUUUACCAAAAGCUAACAGGAAAAUUCCUCACACCACUCCAACGAGUCGGGACAGGCCAUGUUUUCAACAUUCUUAGCAUGGCCGUGACUGCCAUAGUUGAAGCAAAGCGAUUGAAGAUAGUACAGAACGGUCAUUUCCUCGAAUCAUCAUCAGUUGCAGACAUGUCAGUCUUGUGGCUAUUCCCUCCUCUAGUUAUAGUAGGAAUAGGAGAGGCCUUUCAUUUCCCAGGAAAUGUAGCUCUGUGCUAUCAAGAGUUCCCAGAGUCUAUGAGAAGCACAGCAACAUCAAUCACCUCGGUUGUGAUUGGGAUAUGUUUCUACACAAGCACUGGUUUAAUCGAUCUUAUUCAAAGAACGACCGCAUGGUUACCAGAUGACAUUAACCACGGAAGAGUUGACAAUGUUUACUGGGUUUUAGUGAUAGCUGGAGUUUUGAAUCUUGGUUAUUUUCUUGUGUGUUCUUGGGUUUACAGAUACAGAAACCUGAAGAAUGAUGAUCAUGACCAAGAUGUUGUUGUCUCUCACUCUACUACUCUCUCCUCAUGAUCUUAUAAGCUACAUAGAGAGAGAGAGAGCUAGACAAGUCCUCUGUUUUCAUAAUUUGCAGUUCUGUAAAGAGAGAGCUUUUUUCUGAAAGUAUCUUCAAUUUGUAACCAUUGAAAAGCUCUUUCCAACUGUUUUUGAAGUAUGUAAUAUUGAUUUGGACAUUUGUGGUAAUAUAAUUGAUGAGUACGCAAAUGAAGAAGAAGAUGAAGAGUUGGGUCAUGAGCCGAGUCCAAUAAGGAAGUCCACUAGAACCCGAAGGCCCAACAAGAAGUUCGUGGAUUAGGAAGACGUAGUCUUUGUCUUUUGAUGUUUUGUUAAUAAGUGGACGUGGUCUUCCUAACUGUUAGGAACCACUUUCCCU